CACAACAUCAAUCUUCACUUCAAUUAUUUCUUAUAAUCUUCAAUUCAUUCGGUUAAUCACUUUCAUAUUCAAAGGAAAUGGAUUCCAACAAGGCAAGCUACAAUGCUGGACAGGCUAAGGGCCAAACUCAGGAGAAGGCUAGCAACAUGAUGGACAAAGCUAGCAACACUGCUCAAUCUGCCAAGGAAUCAAUGCAAGAGACUGGUCAACAAAUGCAGGCAAAGGCACAAGGAGCAACUGAUGCUGUGAAGGAUGCAAUGCACAACAAAUAAACUAGUUAUAUUUGAUGAUUUAUGAAUCUGUCAAUUUUUAAUUAGCUUAUUUUAAAAAAAAUUGUUAAAGAGCAUUUAAUAUUAUAUGAUAAAAAAUGGUAUCUCUUUUAGUUUUUGGGAUUUAUUAUUUUUUUAGGUUUAGGAGUUUUGUGAAUAAGACACUUUCGGUCCUUUAGGACUAU